AUGUCGAGGUUCAUUUCACGAUCCUCGGACAUAUGUCAAAAAUUAUUCAACGUACUAAGAAAAGACCACGGGCUGCAAUGGAACGAGGAAUGCAUCGACGCCCCGAGGAAGCUAAAAGCGUACCUGUCCUCACUGCCACUACUCGUCAAAGCGGACCCAGGUGAGUGCCUACUCGUAUAUUUGGUGGUAUCCGAAGUCGCUCUCAGUGCAGUCUUGGUCCGCAAAAACAAAGGUACGCAAUCCCCUAUUUACUAUAUCAGCAAAACCAUAAUAGAUGCCGAGACAAGGUACCCUCACCUUGAAAAACUAGCUCUGGCACUAGUCGUAGCUUCACGAAAGCUUAGACCAUAUUUUAAAUGUCACCAUGUAAAGGUAAUAACAACCUUCCCCCUAAGAAGUAUCCUGCAUAAACCCGAAAUCUCGGGUAGACUCGCCAAAUGGGCAAUACAACUAAGCGAGCACGAUAUAACUUACCAACAGCGAACUGCCAUUAAGUCGCAGGUGCUCGCCGAUUACGUCGCCGACUUCAGCGCCGAAAUAUUGCCCGCGGCGGAACAGGAAACGCUUCGCGCUUCCGCAUGUACCGACCUCUGGACACUCUAUACCGACGGUGCUUCGAACGCCUCGGGAUCGGGACUGGGAUUCUUCCUCGAAGUCCCCACGGGCGAGGUAAUUCGCCAGUCCGUACGGUUCCCAGAGAUGGCUAACAAUGAGGCCGAGUACGAAGUUGUGAUUGCAGGUCUAAAAUUAGCCCUCAAGUACGGCGCCCGACGACUCAUCCUCCAUUGCGAUUCCCAACUCGUUGUAAAUCAAGUUAUCAGGGCUUUCCAAAUCAAACAGCAGAGACUACAAAGGUAUCAGUCGAAAAUCCGUAAACUACUGCCGGAGUUUGAAGAAUGCCGCCUCAACCAGAUCCCCAGGGCACAAAACAUGGAAGCAGAUGGCCUCGCCAAAUUAGCUGCGGCCACAAAAAAUAUUAACAAGGAAAGCGUGGUCACCCUUCUUCACUCAGCCAUAGACCACAUCGAGGAUGUAAUACUCCCGCAAGACAAGAAAGAGGUCAAGAAACUCCGGGUGCAGGCAGCUCGAUACAGCCUGGUAAAUCAUGACAUCUACAAAAGAACAUUUGGCGGCUCCCUAGCCAAAUGUCUUGGACCACACCAAACUAGGCAAGUACUGGAGGAAGUACACGAGGGUCACUGCGCCGCCCAUACAAGGAAUCGCGCCCUCGUUCGAUGCCUCAUUCGCGCCGGCUAUUACUGGUCUACUAUGAAAAAAAAGCCGCGGACUACGUACGGAGAUGCGAGCAAUAUCAAAAGUGUGUAUGCUCAAGUACGUGAACAGGAGAAGCUUGAAGAAGCUAAAGGGCUAUGGCCCGAACUACUGCCUGAAGUAUUGUGGGCAUACCGAACUACGCCAAAAUCCAGCACGGGAGAAACGCCCUACUCACUUUUCUAUGGGACCGACGCAGUCAUACCUGUCAAGGUCGGAGAACCCAACCUGAGAUACUCCCAUAUAAGCGGGGCGGAUAACGAUGAAAGUAGGUUACAAGACCUAGAUGAAAUUGAAGAACGAAGAGACAUGGCCCAUGUGAGAAUGAUAGCCCAGAAGCAGCAAAUGGAGAGAUACUACAACAAAAAGGCCAAAUUAAGAUCACUCAAAGUUGGCGACUACGUCCUCAAAGCCAAAACACUAGCUUCAAAGGAUCCAAAUGAGGGGAAGUUAGGAACAAACUGGGACGGACCAGAAAAAAAUCAUAGCAACAGCGAACAAAGGAGCAUUCCAACUAUAGACAAUGGAGGAAAAACCUCCCCAAAACAACUGGAACGUCGCCCAUCUCAAGUACUUCCACUUCUAAAAGGUGUCACCUAA